AUGGAGCAGUUCCUCCUCGAGAAUGCCGAGCGCUUCAAGCUUCUUGUUUCCCGGUUUAAACCCAAUGCAGCUCCUACCAAGGGAGGGAGUGAGCCGGGCGACUCGAGCCCUGAUAUCCUUGUCAGUGCCCGUGUGCGUCCGAUGCUGGAGGAUGAGACCGAUCAGGGCUUCCCAGUAGGCGUCUACCUUCGGGACGGCACCAACACGCUGGAUUUUCACGAGCUCAGGAGGCCAGUGAGAGGACUUCCAACAAUUAGCUCGUUCAACUACACGGUGGACCGGGUAUUUGGCCCCGAUGCCACGACCGCCGACAUCUACGAGUCUCUGGUCAAACCGCUCGUCCCGUGGGCGUGGGGCGGUGGUAUUGGAACCAUGUUUGCCUACGGGCAGACCGGGUCGGGAAAGACGUUCACCGUCAGUGGCCUUGAGCAGCUUGUGGCUGAGACGCUGAUGGACGGGUCGCUGGACGGCGAGAGAAAGAUCCAUAUCUGCAUCAUCGAGCUGGCAGGGCAGACUGCGUAUGACCUCCUCAACAGCCGCAAGCAAAUCUCCAUCCUCGAAGACUCCUUCGGGACCACGCAAAUGGCCGGCGCCCUAGAGCACCAAGUCACCGACAAAUCAUCUCUUCUGGAGCUGAUCAAAGCCGCCGCAUCCCUGCGCCACACGGCACCAACCCUCAAAAACGACACAUCCUCCCGCUCUCAUGCCAUCUGCCGCAUCCGCAUCGAGAACCCCCUCAUACCCUCAGCCGAGGACGGUCUCUUGUACCUGAUCGACCUCGCGGGCUCCGAAGCAGCGCGGGACAAGACGGACCACGACGCAACACGCAUGAAAGAGUCGCGCGAGAUCAACACCAGCCUGUCUGUGCUGAAGGACUGCAUCCGCGGCCGCGCCCUUGCCGACGCCGACGUCCUCGGUCCGAGCACCAACAAGAGGCAGGGCGCUUAUGUGCCCUUUCGGCAGAGCACCUUGACCAAAACACUGAAGCACGUCUUUGAUCCCGCGAGCAACCGCAGCUGCAGAACAGUCGUGGUCGCCUGUGUGAACCCCUGCGCGGCCGACGUGGGCGCGAGCAAGAACACCCUGCGCUACGCCGAGAUGCUGCGCGUGGUGGUCCCUAAAAAGAAGGGCGUGACCUACGACCUUAACGUGCCCGCUACGUGGAACAACGAGCAGCUGCGGAGCUGGAUAGAGAAAAACUCCGGUAACCCACCCAUCUCCGCAUCCCUCCUCGCACCACACGAAACAGGCCCGCAGCUUCUGCGCCUGCCCCUCUCUGAGUUCCUCACACGGUGCCUCAAGAGCGACGGCGUCUCGCCCGAGCAAGCCCAGGCGUUCCAGGCCAAGUUCUGGAAACUGCACGUCGAUUCUUCGCAGCAGCAGCGCAGCAACAAGAAGCCGGAUCCCGCAAGCCGGACCUCUACUACUGCUAGUAGCAACCCCUCUCAAACACGGCUGGAGCUCCUCGACUGCAGCGCCGACCCCGACGCAGACUCUGAUGCUGGGGUCAUCCCCUUCAAGCAACGCAUUCGUCCGGGUAUGGUGGUUAGUUUUGACCCGCCGGCUGAAUACGCCGGUUUUGCAGUGGGCGGUCCGCGAGGGAAGGGUUUGGCGGUGGUGCUGAGCCCUGUCUGGGCUGUUUCGCGCAGGGUCAAAGACGUCCGAGGCGCGCUGGUUAAUCCGGUCACCGAGGGGAAUGAUGACGCCCACGGAGCAGAAGGGAAGGGGAAACGUGAACGGGAGGAUGAGGCCUACCUCUGCGCGCUCGUCAUGCCGGGGCUGUUGCCCGGUUCGUAUGGCGUUGGGUUGUGGCGGCAGGUUGUGGUGCAGGUGAGCAGGAUGGAGGAGGAGGUGUUAAUGGAGUGGGACGAGGCGACGCGGUAUUAUUACCUGACUGUCUAA